GAUCUCGCUGCCUUCUUCCGCUCCGAGCUGUAAUCUUUGUUUUCUGCCUGUGACCUGAGAUCUCUCUGCCUCCUCCCCCCGGGCUGAGAUCUCUGUCUUCUGAAAACCAUCUCUGCACAUGCUAGCCCCAGGUCAGCCUGCAGACAACCAAAGGCUAUUCCAAGGAGAGAGCCUGGAGCCAGAGAGAAUGACCCCGGGGACCCAGAGACCCCCAUCCCAGGAGUCGGUGACAUUCAAGGAUGUAGUUGUGCACUUCACCCUGGAGGAGUGGUGCCUGUUGGACCAUUCUGAGAAAGAGCUGUACAAGGAGGUCAUGCUGGACAAUGUCCAGACCCUUCUCUCUGUGGGGCUUCCAGUUUCCAGAGAAGAUCUGACCUCCUCUUCUCAGGAAGGGGGAGCACCAUGGCUUCUGGAGCCAAAAGGCCCAAGGCACCUUUGUCCAGAUGCAGUGAAAGAGAUGACUACAAAUUUGAGCAUUUCUGUGGAAGAAUCUGGCCAGCUAAGAUUCAUGAGUGACAGUCCCUGUGACUUCAAUGUGAGAGAAAUCUAUGACUCUGAUAUCAAGGUGGAUAAAAAUCCAAAGAAUCCAUGUGAAUCUGAUGAAGUUGGAAAGAGCUUCAUACAAUAUUCAGUCCUAAGUCACUGUGGGACAAUGUCCCCAAGGAAUGACUGUUUUGAGUACGGUAGAUAUAGGGAAUGCUUUACUGAACAGGUAGAACUUAUUCAGUCCCAUGAGAAGCCUCCUGAAGUAUUACUGCAUCAAGGUAAUCAACAGAAAAUGACUUUCAGCUUGAAUUCAGACCUUAGUGGAUAUCAGAAAAGUGAUAUUGGCAAAAAGCUUCAUCUAUGUAAUGAAGAACAGAAGUCCUUCAGCCAGAACUCUAAUCUUGUUACUCAUCAGAAAACUCACAUUAGAAGGGAGCCUGAUGAAUGUAAUGAAGGUGAAACAACUUUAUCCCUUCAUUCAUCUCUUCCUUACCAUGCUAGAUUUCAUACUGGUGAGAAAACAUGUUCAUAUAAUCAGUGUGAGAAGACCUUUUAUUUGAACUCAGAUCUAGUUAAACAUCAGAAGAUUCAUACCGCAGAGAAACCUUAUGAAUGUAAUCAGUGUGGGAAAACUUUCAGAUACAACUGCAGUCUUGUUAUCCAUCAGAGAACCCACACAGGAGAGAAACCUUAUGAAUGUAAUCAUUGUGGAAAGGGUUUUAUAAGGAGGUCUGAUCUGGCUACACAUCAGAGAAUCCAUACUGGAGAAAAACCUUAUAAAUGUAAUCAAUGUGGAAAAGCUUUCACUCAGAGCUCCAAUCUUUCUGUACAUCUGAGAAUCCACAAAAAGAAGAAUCCUUAUGGACAUAAUCAGUGUGAAAAUGCUUCCCAGUGGAACUCCAAUCUUGCUUCCCAUCAGAGAAUCCACACUGGAAAGAAACCUUAUGAAUGUAAUCAAUGUGGAAAAACUUUCACUCAGAGCUCCAAUCUUAAUACACAUCAGAGAAUUCAUAGUGGAGAGAAACCUUAUGAAUGUAAUCAGUGUGGGAAGACUUUCAGCUAUAACUCUAGUCUUGUAGCCCAUCAGAGAAUCCACAGAGGAGAGAAACCUUAUGAAUGUAAUCAGUGUGGAAAAGCUUUCACUCAUAGAUCCAAUCUUUAUGUACAUCAGAGGAUGCAUACAAGAAAGAAUUCUUUUGGACAUAAUCAGUGUGAAAAUACUUCCCAAUGGAAUUCCAAUCUUGAUUCCCAUCAGAAAAUCCACACUGGAAAGAAACCUUAUGAAUGUAAUCAAUGUGGAAAGACUUUCACUCAGAGCUCCAAUCUUAUUACACAUCAGAGAAUCCAUAGUGGAGAGAAACCUUAUGAAUGUAAUCAAUGUGGCAAGGCUUUCAUCAACAACUGCAGUCUUGUUAUCCAUCAGAGAAUCCACACAGGGGAGAAACCUUAUAAAUGUAAACACUGUGGAAAGGCUUUCACUCAAAGCUCCAAUCUUUCUGUACAUCAGAGAAUCCACAAAAAAAAGAAUCCUUAUGAACAUGAUCAGUGUGAAAAUGCUUCCCAAUGGAACUCCAAUCUUGCUUCCCAUCAGAGAAUCCACAGUGGAAAGAAACCUUAUGAAUGUAAUCAAUGUGGAAAGACUUUCCAACAGCACUCCAAUCUUAUUACCCAUCAGAGAAUCCAUAGUGGAGAGAAACCUUAUGAAUGUAAUCAGUGUGACAAGACUUUCAGGUACAGCUCCAGUCUUACUAUCCAUCAGAGAAUCCACAGAGGAGAGAAACCUUAUAAAUGUGAUCAAUGUGGGAAAGCUUUCACUCAUAGCUCCAAUCUUUCUGUACAUCAGAGAAUCCAUACAAAAAAUCCUUAUGGAAAUAAUCAGUGUGAAAAUACUUCCCAAUGGAAUUCCAAUCUUAAUUCCCAUCAAAAAAUUCACACUGGAAAGAAACCUUAUGAAUGUAAUCAGUGUGGAAAGACUUUCACUCAGAGCUCCAAUCUUAUUACACAUCAGAGAAUUCAUAGUGGAGAGAAACCUUAUGAAUGUAAUCAAUGUGGGAAGGCUUUCAGAUACAACUGCAGCCUUGUUGUACAUCAGAGAACCCACACAGGAGAGAAACCUUAUGAAUGUAAUCAGUGUGGAAAAGCUUUCACUGAUAGCUCCAAUCUUUCUGUACAUCAGAAAAUCCACCAAAAAAAGAAUCCUUAUGGACAUAAUCAGUGUGAAAAUGCUUCUCAAUGGAAUUCCAAUCUUGCUUCCCAUCAGAGAAUCCACACUGGAAAGAAACCUUAUGAAUGUAAUCAAUGUGGAAAGACUUUCCAACAGAACUCCAAUCUUAUUACCCAUCAGAGAAUUCAUAGUGGAGAGAAACCUUAUGAAUGUAAUCAAUGUGGAAAGGCUUUCAAACAUAGUUCCAGUUUUGAUACACAUCAGAGACUCCAUACUGGAGAGAAGCCUUAUAUAUGUAAUCACUGUGGGAAGACUUUCCGACAGAACUCCAAUCUUAUUACACAUCAGAGAAUCCACAGUGGAGAGAAACCUUAUCAAUGUAAUCAAUGUGGGAAAGCUUUCAAACAUAGUUCCAGUUUUGCUACACAUCAGAGACUCCAUACUGGAGAGAAACCUUAUGAAUGUAAUCAAUGUGGAAAGACUUUCCGAACAAAAUCCCAUCUUGCCUCCCAUCAGAGAAUGCACACUGGAGAGAAACCUCAUAAAUGUAAUCAAUGUGGAAAGGCUUUUACAAGGAGGUCUGGUCUAGAUACACACCAGAGAACCCACACUGGAGAGAAACCUUUUCAAUGUAAUCAAUGUGGAAAAGCUUUCACUCGGAGCUUCAAUCUUUCUGUACAUCAGAAAAUUCACACAAAAAACAUGCUUAUGAGUGUAAUCAAUGUGGAAAGCCUUGUCAAUGGAAUUCCCAUCUUGCUGCCCAUCACAGAAUCCACACUGUAAAGAAAGGUUUUGAAUGUAGUCAAUAUAGAAAGACUUUCCCGAGGCAGGCCAGUCCUGCUACACAUCAAAAACCACACUGGAGAGAAACGUUAUGAACAUAAUCAAUAAGGAAAGGUUUUCUCAUUUCAUUACAACCUUGCUGAACAUAAAAGAAUCCACACUGCAGAGAAAGCUGAUUGUAAUGAAUGUGGAAAGGCUUUGCUACAGAGCUGCAGUCUUGGGGAACAUCUAAGACUCCAUUGUACAGAGAAACUUCUUGAGUGUCAUGAACAUGGCAGGUGCUUUAGUUAUCAAUUCUAAGUCUACUGAACUUGAUAUAAUCCAUACUGGGGAGAAUCUUUAGAAUAUUUCUCAUCAGAGCAUUCGUACUGGAGAAAAGUCAUAUUAGUAUAAUGAGGAAAGGCAUUGAGAUGAAGUACAGAGCUUGUUCCACAUAAGAAAAAUCAUUCUAAUGCAGAGCUCUAGAUUGAGUCACUGUCAGAAGCCCUUCAGACAGAGAUCAUCUUUUUACAUCAGAGGAUUCAUAUUGGACAGAAAACUUAUACAUGUUCUCAAAGGGGGAUGUGCUUUACUCUGCAAGAGCAAUAUCAGUAGACAACAGGGUAUUCAUAUUGGAAUGAAGGCCUAUGAAAGCAGUGAUUAUGGAAAGGCCUUCCUUGACCUAGAGGUCCUACUUGAUUGUAUCUUAGAGAAUUCAUGCUAGAGAUGAAACUUUUAGAUCGAAUGAACAAGAGGUCUCUUAUUGCAGCACAGACUUGAUACAUUUCCCAAUAUAGAGACCUCAAUAGAUAGCAUAGAUUUCCUACUGUGCAAAAAGUCCUGUAAUUGGAAUA